AUGGGCUAUCACCCCUUCCUACCCACAGCUGUCGCACGGGUUAACGUGUUAUGUGUCCCCGCCGGACCGAUAACGCCAGACCGUUUCCAAGAAUUCAUCAAAUCUUUGCAGAAUGCUUCAAUCAUCCAACGUAGAGUCCUGGACUCUUCCCCUUCUUGUCUAGCUGUAGACAACCCCCAUGCGGGAAAUGGUUGUAUCUUUUACGACAUCUCGGUCAACGAACAAAGAGGCCGACCGCAUCUUUUCCCUUUCGAGACGAACAGCCGGUGCCAGGUUCUCCUAGGGCUGAUUGAUGGCGAGAGACUUGCAAAUGUGUCUGCCCCGUCCUCGGAAGCAGAUGGCUUGGCCCGGGAUGACUUCUCUGCCGCGAUUGACUCUAUCAAAAUCCGAUUUGAGGAGCAACUACCCUCAAGUCCUGGACUGGUCGUUCGUCGACUCAUUUAUUGCGGCGCCGAGCCUUCCAAUCCUCUUGACAAUGACAUUAUCUGCAUGCCUCAGGCAGAUAUUGAGAAUGCCGCCUGGGUGGUCAUGACCACUGUAUCACGGCAACUACAGGACGGGAUCGAACUCAUUGUGAAUGACUUCAAAGAUCAGCCAAUCAGCAUGGUGCCAGUUGCAAACUCGCAGGCCCCUCGACGCACCGGCACAACUCCAACCCUCGUAGAGAGAAACUCAGCUCCCAUGUCCACAAAGUCACCGGGCUUGAUGCCGACUUCAAAUGGUUCAGAGCAGCAGAGUGACACCUCCAGGGGACGGUUCAACGUCAUUCAGGGCAUGUACUGGCUCCAACGUGGCUUCUGGACAGAGGCAAUGAACUACCUUGCCGAAGGAGCUGCUGUCGCGCAAAGUGGUCACGACCAUCUGUGGCAUGCAAAGGCUCUUGAACACCUUCUUAUCUGCAUGCUUCUCCUAUCCUGGUCUGAGCUGAGUUUCUCUGUACCGCAAGUCUGCCGCUCUCUACCCAACAGAAGCGGAGCAUUUCAGGCUGAGGUUGCAUCAAAAUCCGGCGACUCACUAAAGGCAUUGGCCCAGUUGCUACCGCCAUUAGUUGAGACUGUUCUUGAACUCUACGCCAAGGUGGCGAAUUUGGACCUGGGUGGCUCUUUGCAAGACAUCUUGAGGGAAUGUCGGAUCAGGCUUGUGAACAUACUGAUAUAUGUGAAGCGUGCAGGAGGCGUGCUAAACAAACAAGGGUUGAAUCAGAUUGUGACUGGUGACGGUGGUGCAUCUGAGAACUCCGUACAGUCGAAUGGGGAACCCGUUGCCAUCUCCAAAGCUGGGCUUGCCAAUAUCCUGAUUGAGACACUUCAAGAAGCUCAAUCGAGCAGAAAUCCAUCUCACCACACGACUAUUCUAGCGGCGGUCAGCGCCAGUCUGUCAUUGUUGGGAUUGGAUCGCAAACACGCCUUCUAUCUCAAGCAGCUCAUGCAACAAUUAGUCCCGAGACUGAUUGAGGCGAGAAAGAUCGGUGCUUCCGAGGCCGGUAUCCAUCCCGCAGCUGGACUUCCGCCUCUGAACACUGCACUCCUGGGUGUACUCCCCGAAAUGGUGGUUGGUACGAGAGCCAUGCUGAACCUAGCUGCCGGAGCAUACGGAGUGCCUCUGCCACCGGUCCCCGGACCAGCACAGACGAUCCCUGCCGAUAUCAACAAGAUUCACAAUAGACUGAGAAUGUGGGCCAUCGAGCACAGUUCCGGCGACGCCAUGCUGAAACUAGAAAUGCUGCGAACGUGUGUGGCAGUGAGCGAAGCGUUGCCCGAUGUCCCAGCUGGACUCCAUUUCACGUCGAACAUUCUGCGGGAUGCAAGACAAAUGAUCACCAUGCCUCAAUAUCCCACUGAUACGGUUCCAUUGAUCUCUGCAGAGGACCAAGUACGCCUUCUCGACAGUGUGAAACGUGCCGUCUCGGCAGCUUCGCGGUUAGGUGCACAUGGCUGCCGCGCUGAAUACUGGGACGAUUUUCUCGUCCGUGAAAUUCAGGUUUUGGAGCAAGGGACUUUCGCGAAGCUAAUUGCACACAAGCCUAGCGACGUCAGUCUACGUGGGAGUGGUCUCGUGGAAACAGUGCGAGAUCCUUUUAUAUACAAUCCGUUCUCGAAAGACAAGUCCGUUGCCGCCGCUCCAGUUCUGGUGGCAGGAGAGCUCGCUAUAUUCACCGUCCUUCUGCAGAAUCCGCUCGAAGCAGAGAUUGAAAUCGAAGAAAUCAGCCUGCUGAGCGAAGGGUGUGAUUUUGCUCCCUCACGUCACAGCAUCGUGCUGGGUCCCUUCUCGACACAGAUAUUCAUACUCAGUGGGACCCCGACGGGAAGCGGAGAUUUGCAAAUUAUUGGCUGCAGAGCCACCGUGCGCAACUGCUAUGAACAGGACUUCCUGACUUUUCGGGAUGAAUGGAAACGCCCAGUUAUCCCAAAGCAGAAUGCUGUUGGAAGGGUCAGGUCCAGGAAAGAGCAGGCUGGUGAGAAUGGAGGGUCUUCGCUAAGCGAUAAUUUCCCGCUGAAUUUUCCGGAGGCGACACCCUUGAAGCUCAAGGUCAUUGAAUCUCAGCCUCGACUCGUCGCAAGUUCCCGCAGCUUGGGUGAUCCUGCCAUUAUGCUACUAGAAGGAGAACGUCGUGUUUUCGAUCUCACGCUGGUCAAUGAAGGCCAGGUCGUGGCAGCAGAUUUUAUCCUUAUUACUACAGAGGACUCUGUCGCCACGAGGCUGCAGGAGGCUCUUACGAACAAAGAGCUCAACCCUGCAGAACUGUUCGAAAUCCAGAACCAGCUCAGCCUACAUCCAGCCGUGGAUAUCACAGAUGAGCACGAGGAAAAUCCUUCCAAAGUCUUGGAGCCUGGUCAGAGCAUUGCAUACAAAGUGACAAUCUUUGGUCGGGCCGGCCUCGUGAGCGCCGCUAUACAAGCAGAUUAUGCGUAUCUGGGGUCGCCGUUGUCAGAAGUGAAAGGGACUUUCUACACCAGACAAAUUCGGUUUCCCAUCUCGGUUACAGUCAACGGCUGCGUGGAAAUCCCACGUUGCAAUGUCUUCCCGAUUCAUAAUGACUUCAGCUGGGCUCCCGCUUCAACCACGGACAAAUUAAAGCAUUUAUACGACAAAAAUUCAAGCAGAGCGUCAGGCGUAUCCAUGUUAUCCAACUGGCUCAAGUCUCAAGAUGAUGCAAGUCAGUACUGCAUGUUGUCGCUAGAUCUACGGAACGUCUGGCCACAGCCUCUUCACAUUGAACUCCAAGCUCGGAAGGUAAAAUGGGAAUCCGCUACCGACGACCAGCUCUGGGAGGAUGCAUAUACAGUCGCUGAGACACUGCAACCCGGCCAUGUCAGUCGGGUGAUUUUGCUGGUUCCUCGGCUGUUCAUUCAGGAUCCUCAUGCGUCAAUUCCGAACCUAGAGCCACAGAAGCAAUUUGUGGUAACGACGUCUAAGUUGAGUGCAGAGGCAGAAGCAGCAAGCCGAGAGUCUUUCUGGUACCGUGAAGAACUUCUCAAAUGCAUACGAGGCACGUGGCGGGAAGAAGGCUCGGGCAGGCACGGCGAGAUCGAUCUGAGAAAGGGUGUUAGAUUGAGUCCACGGAUGGUGGAUGCACUGAAGAUCGACCAUGUCGAGAUCGAGUUUACUGUCAAACCACACGAACCAUCUCAGGGCAUAGAGGGCAACGCAGAUACCCCCGUAAGACAGAUCGGGAGAUCACAUUUCGUCGUCCAGACCGAGUUGUUCGCAACUCUUUCAGCCACAAUUCGCAACCGCACCCAAGAGUCUCUGCGUCUCCUCCUUCGCCUCCAGCCUGCUCUCCGACACCAACCCCAUAACAUCGCCCUGGACCUCACGAAGCGAUUCAUCUGGACCGGUGUGCUCCAGCGUGCCCUGUAUCCCGCCGUUGAGCCCGGUGGUGUUUGUGUGGCCGAAUUGGGCAUCAUUGCGCUUGCUGACGGAGAGUAUGAGAUCAACGCAUCCGUUGAAGAAAUCAGCCGUCGCCGCACGCAAAGUACGGCAAAGUCGUCGGAGGUGCCAGGCGCUUCCCUCGAAAGACGGAUCUGGCACGCCAGAUUGCCUUGUCUGAUUGACGCCAUGGGAGCGGAGAAUGCCGAUCUCGAGACUUCAGAUGACUGA